AAACCGACUUUGCCAGCUUCAGUAGCAGCUAGAGUCCAUGAAAAGGCAACCUUACCCUGAAAAGGCUACCGCGUCCGUGAGAUCAAUAGGUGGAAAAAGUGGUUCAAAUUGGUGUACUUAUGAACGGUUUUAUUUGUUUUCAAAUCUAGCUGUGGAGAAGGAAGCCUUUAUUGUAAAAUCUAUUAUCUUGCUGUCAUCUUUCUAGCAGAGAGGAUUAGAGUGGCUGUCCGUGGCACUGCUGUAUAUACCAUUACGAGUGUACCCUUUGACAAGUGCCUCUUUUUAGGUUGGUCAGCUGGGUGAUGCUCGAAAGCCUAAACCAGGGCCCAAAACACCACAGCUGUCAGUGUCAAGUUGUGUUGCGUACACGUACCCCUGGAUUUCCAGUGAGUCAAUAUUUAUUUGUCUGUGGUCGUGAGAUCACUCUAUAGUGCGUUGUGUUGGUUGUGAUCUUUUUCAGAACGCGAACAUUGUCCAAUCGUUGCCAGUUCGUAUAGGUCCAUGGUCGUGGACACUCGACGUCGUUACACCAACAUCAUUUAGACCCACACCAUUCUAACGUUCGGAUCAGUCGUCGAUCGGUAUAUUCGCCUUUCCUCGAUCGUCGAACUCGAAAUUAGUCCUGGACAUUGACGUCGUUUCAUCGCACAGCUUCAUCGACCCCAUUCUCCACUCGCCUCUGUCGUCUCUGAGUGAAUUUGCCUUUAUUUUCGAGCGUCGUAGUCGUUGACCACGGGCACCAUGUCGUCGGCGAGAUCGGAUAUGACCUUCUCGGCUGCCGACUAUGUCAUCUUCUCUGGCAUGCUCCUCAUCUCCGCCGGCAUCGGGGUCUACCACGCUUGCACCGGGGGUCGACAGCGGACGACCAGGGAGUUCCUGAUGGCCGACCGCGACAUGAACCCCAUCCCCGUCGCCUUCUCGCUCGUCGCCAGUUUCAUCUCCGCAAUCACCUUUCUGGGGACUCCGGCGGAGAACUACGUUUAUGGCUGCAUGUACUGGAUGUUCGCCUUCGCCUACAUCGGGGUCGGGCUCGCCACGGCUUUCCUUUAUAUGCCCAUGUUCUAUAGGCUCAAUCUUACCAGUGCAAAUGAGUACUUGGAGAGACGGUUUAACAAGGUUGUGAGAAUAUGUGGGAUGCUAACGUUCGUGCUUCAGACGGUUAUCUACAUGGGCAUUGUGAUCUAUGCACCGGCCCUGGCCCUGAGCGCAGUAACUGGUCUCAAUCUAUGGGGGUCUGUGCUCGCCAUUGGAAUAGUGUGUACCUUCUACACAACCAUCGGAGGCAUGAAGGCAGUAUUGUGGACCGAUGUUUUCCAGGUCAUCGUAAUGAUGAUUGGUUUCCUGGCUAUCGUGAUCGAGACAAGCAGACGACUCGGUGGUAUCAAAGAGGCGUGGAGAAUAGCUGAUGAAGGAGGAAGAAUUGAUUUCAUCGACUUCAACCCCGACCCUAAGGUCCGUCACACGUUCUGGUCCGUGAUCAUAGGAGGGACGUUCACAUGGACAGCUGUUUACGCUGUCAACCAGAGUCAGGUUCAGAGGUACCUCACCUGUGGGAACGUGAAGGUGGCCCAACGAGCUGUUCUCUACGCCAUCAUCGGCAUGCUGUUCGUCGUCUGUUUCGCCUGUCUCUCCGGCAUCGUCAUGUACGCUUACUACGCCGACUGCGACCCGUUUACCUCGGGAAAGGUCAGCCAGACUGACCAGCUCGUACCCUACCUCGUCAUGGACAUCUUCGGCAACCGGCCGGGGUUACCAGGUCUCCUUGUAUCGGCAGCUUUUAGUGCCGCCCUCAGUACUGUAUCGUCCGGUCUGAACUCGUUAGCUGCUGUGACCGGAGAGGACAUCGUCAAGUCAAUCUAUCCAAAUAUGCCCGAAGAAAAAUACACCAAGAUCACAAAAUUACUGGCUGCAUUUUAUGGUGUUCUGUGUAUCGCCAUGGCCUUCCUAGCCUCCGUUAUGGGAGACGUUUUGCAAGCUGCUCUCAGUAUAUUUGGCAUGAUUGGAGGACCUUUACUGGGACUGUUUAGCUCUGGAAUGUUUUUCCCUUGGACUAACUCGAUCGGUGCUUUAAGUGGGCUUUUCACCGGUCUCUUCGUGACCUUCUGGAUCAAGAUUGGCUCCCAGUUCUACCCUCCACCGGUCUCCAAGCCGCCCCUCUCCACCGCCGGCUGCCCCGUCGACAACUUCACCAUGUACAAUAAUUAUACCACAGACGUGAUGGAGACCAGCGAAAUGGUGACGUACACAUUGCUCAACGCGACCACGCCCAUGAUGGAUGACCCUGACAGACCUGCCAUUGCGGAUUUCUACGCCCUCUCGUAUUCUUGGUACAGCGCCGUUGCUUGGUUGGUAACAGUUUCUGUCGCCCUCAUCGUCAGCUUCAUGACAGGUCCAACAAAGGCCGAGGACUUGGACCCCAUGUUGUUCUGUAGCGUCAUAGAUACCAUGUACUGUUGUCUACCAGAGAGGGUUAAGAAAUUCUUCAGGUGCGGGAUGGAACAUUAUCAAGCCCCAGUGGAUAUCGAGGGCGACGAGGAGAAGGACGAGCAAAAGUAUGCCCCAGUCCAAGGAGAUAACGGCGUCGAAGUCGAGAACGAAGAGCCCGCAGCCAACGGUAAACCCCCUGUUGUCAGUGAUGAUGACGACACCAAACUUUAACCUUUGACAUCGCGUCUCAUUAGCAUAAUGAUUCGGAGCCAUCAGUGUAUUUGGUUGGUCGUACAAAAUGAGAUUGAAAAUGUAUAAUGCCUUUGUAUAUAUACAACAUUUUCAGGGUCGUAUGUAGAAACGAGUUAGAUAUCAAGAGGUUUCAUUUUUUUUCGAUGUCAUUUUGCAGUCAGGUAACGGUGUGUAAUAUUUUACUGUAACCCAUAACUUUUGAGAAAUCAACUAACGAAUUAUUCAUCAUGACCUUCGUCGCACAAUUUUGAAAACAAUUUUACUAAUAUUUUUUAGGAUAUUUGGUCUCUGUUUGCAAAGUUGAUAAAUGCUGUUGUAAAUAUAAUUACUACGUUGGCGUUUUCAUGACACUUUACAAUGUUCCUCCAAUUCUACGAUAAGAAUUUUAAC